UUGAGGGGCUGUGUUUUCUAGGUUGAUUUAAUCGGUAGCACAUUAUGGUGUCUGACAUACUGUAGCUGACAUACCUCUCUUUCCUCUGUUUUAGAUAUGUCCCUUCAUCAGUCGUUCUCCUGGCAUUGGUGGUAUGUGGUUAUGGGGAUUGCUGUCAGUCUGGCCUUGAUAGGGUUCAUCGUAUAUGCAAUUAUAUUGAGACAAAGAGAGACAUGCUUUGGGAAGACAUUUUACCCUAUGAGGAACGCUGGUGGGGAUUUUGUGGUGAGAUACAGUGCAGGACGCACCUACAAUCGGCAGUCAAAUGAAGCCACAUUUUCCAUCUUCACUCGCACUGAGAUGGAGGACUUCCUCGGGGAGGCUGCUUGUAUGAAGGAGUUUGACCACCCCAACAUCAUGAGAGGUCAAUAACGUGGU